AUGACGCUUCGGUCUCAGGGAGCAGUAUCGAGCAGCCGAGCCAUAGCGCACACGAUCUGGACGUCAGGAAGCACGAUCCUUCGCGGCAAUGUCAACCGCGGUAAAGGGACCAACACUGGCAGCACUGCACUUGGCGCUACAGCCGCCACUGCUGGCGCCGCGGCUACAACCUCUGAUGCUGGGUCCGUCGCUGCUAACACCGCAGCUACGGGAUCGGGGUGCGCAGCGUCGGCGCUGGAGGGGUUCGCGUGGUCGGCGGCGCUGGGGUCCACUGGACUGACGCUGCAUUGGCGCGCAGUGGACUCGUCGCGCCUCGCCUUGGCGCUAGAAGCGGCGGGCGGCAGCGCGGCGGCGGCGGGGUGGUUCGCCGUGGGGUGGUCGACGACGGGCCGCAUGGCGGCGUCCGACGCCGUGGUGGGCAAUCUGGCGGGCGGCGCCGUCCAGGCGGUGUACAUGAGCGGCACGACGCAGAGCGACGUUCAGCCCACAAGCAGCUUCGAUAUUGGCAACGCGCAGCUCGCCACGUCACCCUCGGGAUCCACCGUUCUCAAGUACGUCGGGCGCUGGUUUGUGAUGUUGCGGUUCAACCGGUCGGCGGGAGAUGGCUCGGUGGCGGUGAGCAUGCAGGGCAGCAAAACACUCGUGUGGGCGCACUCUAGCGACGGCUCGCAGUCCCUCGGCUUCCACGCCGACUAUGAUGGCGCGCUGCAAGUGGACUUUGCGUGCUCCUCUGCCUCGUCCGGAGGGGGAGGGGGCGGCGGCACUGGCGGGGGCACGGGGGGAGGCACUGGCGGAGGUGGGGGCGACUCUGGGGGUGACUACAGCGGGGGGAACAAUGGGGGUGGUGAUUACAGCGAUGGUAAUGGCGGCGGUGAUUAUAACGAAGGGAAUGGAGGGGACUACAAUGGUGGAAGUGACAAUAACGGGGGGAGUGGUGGGGACUAUGGGGGUGGCAGCGGCGGUGGGGGGAGUGGUGGUGGCGGAGGUAGCAGUGGUGGUGGCGGAGGAGGUGGAGGAAGGGGAGGCGGUGGGGGGGACUGCAGGAGAGGGCCUGGGGGCGGACGUGGGGGGCCUGGUGGGGGACAGGGGGGGCCUGGGGGAGGGCAGGGCGGACCUGGGGGCGGGCAAGGGGGGCGUGGUGGGGGACAGGGGGGAUUUGGGGGCGGACAGGGCGGUUCUGUUGGGGAACAGGGCGGACCUGGGGCCGGGCAGGGGGGAGCUGGGGGCGGCAAUGGUGGUGACUACAGCAAUGGGGGGAGCUACAGCGGCGGUAAUGGCGGAAGUGACUACAGCGGAGGCAACACAGGCGGACAAGGUGGUUACUACAGCGCAGGAGGUGGAGGAGGAGGGGCUGGUGGGGGUGCUGGUGGGGGCUGUGGGGGAGGACAAGGGCAAGGCGGGGGACCUGGGGGACAGGGGGAAGGUGGGGGAGGGCAGGGCGGACCUGGUGAGGGACAGGGGGGCCCCGGAAGCGGGCAAGGGGGAGCUGGAGGCGGGCAGGGGGGACCUGGGGGGGAUUAUGGUGAGGGGAGCAAUGGUGGUGACUACGGGGCUGGUAAUGGCGGUGGUGACUAUAGUGGGGGGAAUGGAGGGGACUACAACACUGGUGGUGACUACAGCGGGGGGAACACUGGAGGGGGCUAUGGUGGCGGCAAUGGUGGUGACUAUAAUGGAGGGAGCUACACUGGGGACUACAGUGGGGAUUACAGCGGGGGGAUGGGCGGCAGUCAGGGCGGCAGUCAGGGCGGCAGCCAGGGCGGCCCAUCUGGGGGUUUAAAUGGCGGGGGAGGCAUGGGCGGUGGUGCUGCUGGCGGUGGCAUGGGAGGGCCUGGGGGAAUGGGCGGAGGUGGGGGUAUGGGAGGGGGCGGAGGAAUGGGAGGGAGCGGGGGAAUGGGAGGGGGCGGGGGAAUGGGAGGACCUGGGAGUGGUAUGGGCGGAGGAGGAGGGAUGAGGGGAGGGGGAGGGACGGGCGGAGGUGCAGGUAUGGGAGGAGGAGGCAUGGGGGGAGGAGGCAUGGGGGGAGGAGGCAUGGGGGGAGGAGGCAUGGGGGGAGGAGGCAUCGGGGGAGGAGGCAUGGGGGGAGGGCCUGGCGGUCGUGGAAGGCAUUGA